UUGAUGGGUCCGACAGGAAGUGGAAAGUCUACGUUCACUAAUGCCGUGUGCGACCAGCAGUUCGCGGAAGUAGGUCACGGCUUGGGCUCCUGCACAACGGCUGUGCAGCCAAUUCCUUUCAAAUUUGCGGGAGAACAGGUGACGUUAGUCGACACUCCCGGAUUCGACGAUACAGUGCGACCGCAGGCAGACGUCUUGAAGGAAAUUGCAACAUUUCUGGAGAAAACGUAUGAGAGGGGCAAACGGUUCACUGCAGUGAUCUACAUGCACCGGAUCACAGACCGUCGCAUGACGGGCAUCUCCAUGGAGACCUUCCGACUCUUCCGGAAGAUUUGUGGGGACGAUGCCAUGAAGAAUGUGACGAUCGUAACGAACAUGUGGGAGGAAGUCGACGAGAAGGUCGGUCAGAAGCGGGAGGAAGAGAUCAAGUCGAACUUCUUCAAGGACGCUUUUGACCACGGUGCCAAAAUGUGUCGCCACUAUGGUACCCCAGACUCUGCCAAGGACAUCGUCCGGCAGACCCUGCAGCUGGACCCGCGGGUUCUACGAGUGCAGGACGAGAUGGUCAAAGAGAAGAAGAGCGUCCCGGACACGGACGCCGGUAUCCAGCUACUGAAAGAACUCGACGCGGAGACUGAGAGGCGGCAGAAGGAGAUA